CCUGCCAAGGGCCUCCUGGCCCUUUAAGGCUGACCGAGCCCGGCCUCUAGUCUGGGACGCGUGGGGGAGGGGGGCGGUCACAUGGGCCGACGGCUGCGCGGCUCCGCUCCGGGCUCCCGCGGCCGCUGGCUCCGGCUACUGCCGCCCCUACCUCUUACCGGCCCUGCAGCCGGGUGUACUGCCAGGUACGCCCUCGCCAGUGGCCUUGGACACGCCAGGCUGGGGCCGCCUCUGAGCGCCCCGCGGGGGCCAUGGAUGUCGAGACAGCAGAGGAUCAGGGGGGCCCUGCGCCCCCGCCAGGUGCACCCUGCGGAACUUGCUUAGCAGGCGCUCCGGCCCUCGGGGGGCGGCGCGAGCCCAAGAAGUACGCAGUGACCGACGACUACCAGUUGUCCAAGCAGGUGCUGGGCUUGGGUGUGAACGGCAAGGUGCUGGAAUGUUUCCAUCGGCGCACUGGGCAGAAAUGUGCCCUGAAGCUCCUAUACGACAGCCCCAAGGCCCGGCAGGAGGUGGACCACCAUUGGCAGGCCUCCGGCGGCCCCCACAUUGUGAGCAUCCUGGAUGUGUAUGAGAACAUGCAUCACAACAAACGCUGUCUCCUCAUCGUCAUGGAAUGCAUGGAAGGUGGUGAGUUGUUUAGCAGGAUUCAGGAGCGCGGUGACCAGGCUUUCACUGAGAGAGAAGCUGCAGAGAUCAUGCGGGAUAUUGGCACUGCCAUCCAAUUUCUGCACAGCCGGAACAUUGCCCACCGAGAUGUCAAGCCCGAAAACCUGCUCUACACGUCCAAGGAGAAAGAUGCGGUGCUCAAGCUCACUGACUUUGGCUUUGCCAAAGAGACCACUCAAAAUGCCCUGCAGACUCCAUGCUACACUCCCUAUUAUGUGGCUCCUGAGGUCCUGGGUCCAGAGAAGUAUGACAAGUCAUGUGACAUGUGGUCUCUGGGCGUCAUCAUGUAUAUCCUCCUGUGCGGCUUCCCGCCCUUCUACUCCAACACGGGCCAGGCCAUCUCCCCAGGGAUGAAGAGGAGGAUCCGCCUGGGCCAGUAUGGCUUCCCUAAUCCUGAGUGGUCAGAGGUCUCUGAGGAUGCUAAGCAGCUGAUCCGCCUCCUGCUGAAGACAGACCCCACGGAGAGGCUGACCAUCUCACAAUUCAUGAACCAUCCCUGGAUCAACCAAUCAAUGGUGGUGCCGCAGACUCCACUCUACACGGCCCGAGUGCUGCAGGAGGACAAAGACCACUGGGAUGAAGUCAAGGAGGAAAUGACCAGUGCCCUGGCAACCAUGCGGGUGGACUAUGACCAGGUGAAGAUCAAGGACCUGAAGACCUCGAACAACCGGCUCCUCAACAAGCGGAGGAAGAAGCAGGCAGGCAGCUCCUCAGCCUCACAGGGCUGCAACAACCAGUAGCUCAUGUGGCCUUGGAGGGGCCAGGCCUCUCAUCCUGGAGGACACACUGGACCCCCAGAGGGCCCAGAGUCAUUUUUUUUAACAGAAGGAUUAUUUUGUUGUGUUUUAAUCUGUCACUCGGAACUUCAGGAUAAGGGAACGUGACCUCCAUCCUUCAGAGUCCCUGCUUAGGUUCAGGCCCUAGAGAAGGGUCAAAGCCUGGGGGUAGGGAGCCACCAGCUACCGCUGCAGUGCCUUUGACCAGAGCAGCCUGAAUGAACUGUGGCUCCGUCCUGCCCUGGGCAUGGCCGUAGACUUCUAGGCCACUGGGAGUUGUGGCUGGGCUUCCCUCCUUCCAUGGAAACAGCUCCCUGUAGGGUGGGCAGAUGGGCCUGGCCUUGGGAAAGACAUCCGGCUGCUGGUUGUCAUGGUGACCAGGGACCGAACUGCUGUCUCUGAAUGCUGAGUGAGUAAGCAAGGGAGGGAGAAGGGGCAAUUGAGGGUCUGCCUGCCUUCUUGGGGAGGCUUCUCUCCUUUGUGCUGCUUGCCCCUCUCAGGCUCACCCUUCUUUGGUUUCCCCGAGGCCGCAGAGCCAGUCUGCCAGCUGCCCAGAGUGGUCCAGCCCUGACUUGCUGCAACCCCAUUGCACAGGGCCCUGGGAAUUCUCCUUCCACAGAGUCCCUGGGCCCAGACGUGCUGUUACUGCCUUCUACCCAAAGAGUGGCCUCUCAUCUCAAUAGGGUGGGAGGUAUUUUUUAACUGUUUUUUACUUUGGAAAAUGUCACUGUGACACAAGCCAGUACGGUUACCCUGCCCCCACCUGCUCACCAGAUCCCAGGCAGGAAAGCCUCUUCUUAACAGUUCAUCCACUCUUCUGUCCUGGUUGAUAACCAGGGUUGUCUCUUGGUGCACUUUUGUGAGAGUGGAUGAAUGGGGGCAGGGCCAAGAGUCCCCCUGUUAAUCAGGGGUCUCUUUCUAUACCCCAGAUCUGACGCAAGGCAGCGGAGAGCUGCUGUGUGAUCCUUAGAGGGUCUGGUCCUAGUCAGAGCAGAGGGCCCCUUCCAUGCUGGUCCAGGCUCAUCCACCCCACACUGCCCAGACAGCCUCAGGGUGCUGAAUGCCUGAUCUAGGCCUGGCAAGUGCCUGAUACCCUAGCCUGGUUCCUGAUUCCUGACCCUUCUUGCACUGGCUGGGAAACCCUAGGCCACGUCAGACAGGACAACAAUGCUGGGUUUUACAUACAGGUAUUAAUAAAAAUAGUUUGGCAUUUU